GUGCGCUAAGUUGCAGCAGUCGUGUCAAAGUUCACUAUAUAGAGAGCUCAGUGAGCUGAUCGCGGAGAAGCCACUUCUGCCAGCCCCGGCGCCUAUAAAUCGCAUUCCCUCCCGCGCCCCCCUUUUUAGCAUAUUUGAUCACUUUGAUUCUCUGUUCUUUUCUCUCAGCGGUGUGUGUGCGUGCGCGCGUGUGUGUGUUUCCUCUCCACCUCCUCCUCUCCCCGAGUUGCCUCCUUUCUCCGGGUGCCGUGCUGGCUUUUUUUCCCUCUUUCAUUCUUUCUCUCCGUCUUUUUUCCUCCCCGCGCUGCGCACGAAGGAUGUGCUUCUAGGUGGUGAUCUGCCCUCCUCUCUCUCUUUUAUCCUUUCUCCCCCGCCGCCGGCGAGUUGACUCUUUCCCUAUGUGUGUGAGGCGGCGGCGGCAGCAGCAGCAGCGGCUCCGGCGGUGGCAGCAGCAGCAGCAGCACAUCGAAUGCGUGGUGUGCGGGGACAAGUCGAGCGGCAAGCACUACGGCCAGUUCACGUGCGAGGGCUGCAAGAGCUUCUUCAAGCGCAGCGUGCGGAGGAACCUGAGCUACACGUGCCGCGCCAACCGGAACUGUCCCAUCGACCAGCACCACCGCAACCAGUGCCAGUACUGUCGCCUCAAAAAGUGCCUCAAAGUGGGCAUGAGACGGGAAGCGGUCCAGAGGGGCAGGAUGCCGCCCACCCAGCCGACCCACGGGCAGUUCGCGCUGACCAACGGGGACCCCCUCAACUGCCACUCGUACCUGUCGGGAUAUAUCUCUCUGUUGCUGCGCGCCGAGCCCUACCCCACGUCCCGCUUCGGCAGCCAGUGCAUGCAGCCCAACAACAUCAUGGGCAUCGAGAACAUUUGCGAACUGGCCGCCCGGAUGCUCUUCAGCGCCGUCGAGUGGGCCCGGAACAUCCCCUUCUUCCCCGACCUGCAGAUCACCGACCAGGUGGCCCUGCUUCGCCUCACCUGGAGCGAGCUGUUCGUGCUCAACGCGGCCCAGUGCUCCAUGCCCCUCCACGUCGCCCCGCUCCUGGCCGCCGCCGGGCUGCACGCCUCGCCCAUGUCCGCCGACCGGGUGGUCGCCUUUAUGGACCACAUACGCAUCUUCCAGGAGCAAGUGGAGAAGCUCAAGGCCCUGCACGUGGACUCCGCCGAGUACAGCUGCCUCAAGGCCAUAGUCCUGUUCACCUCAGAUGCCUGUGGUCUGUCGGAUGUAGCCCACGUGGAGAGCUUGCAGGAAAAGUCCCAGUGCGCCUUGGAAGAAUAUGUCAGGAGCCAGUACCCCAACCAGCCAACGCGAUUCGGGAAGCUGUUGCUUCGUCUCCCUUCCCUGCGCACCGUCUCCUCCUCGGUCAUAGAGCAAUUGUUUUUCGUCCGUUUGGUAGGUAAAACCCCCAUCGAAACCCUCAUCCGGGAUAUGUUACUGUCCGGCAGCAGUUUUAACUGGCCGUAUAUGGCAAUUCAAUAAAAAAAAAAAAAUCCAAGUAAGAAGGGGGAGUGAAGCAGAGAAAGCAAAAAGGCAAAAGACUGGUUUGUUUGCUUAAUUCCUUCUGUUAAGAAAGGAUAUAAAAGGAUGUUACACGUUUGCUAAAAAAAAAAAAAGAAGAGAGGGGAAGAACUUUAUGGACUGUGAAUUUCCAAAAAAUUAAGAGACUGUCAAAUGAACUUUUACAGAAUGCAUUAAAAAAAACAACAACUCCUGUGUCGGUCAGAACAACUUGCUACUUAUAAUUUUUUUUUGUAUAAAAAGGAAAUUAGUCUUUUUCUUUUUUUUUGGUAAAUUUUUGAAAAAUAUUGCUAAAAGUGCAUUUAAGGAGAUUGGGAGAAAAUUAGCAGAAUGGAGAAAGUAAGUCUUCUUUUUUUUCCAAAUUAUUCAUUGUCCUGUGUCUGUACCUCUAGCUGUUCUUUUUUUGUAUUUUCCUGGUUCUAAACCAGUUUAUUCUGUGGUUCUAUAAUAAGUUUUGAUAUAAUCUUGGCUUCUUAAAAACUGUGUAUCCUUAAAAUAUAUGUUCUGCAAGAAUUAAAACUGAGUCCAUGAAAAUAUCAUAGGAAGACAUUAAAACUUUUUAAAAGAAAAUUCAGAGCUGAUGGGAACGCACUUAGAGGUGGUGGCCAAAAAUUUUAGGUGAAGUUGAGCUAAUUUGAGAUCUGCAAGAACCACAUACAACACUUAACUCCCCCUCCCUACCCCCCCAAAAAAGACACCAAGACAAACCUAGCUUUUUAAAAAAUAUUUUAAGAAAGAGAAUGAACUGUGGAAUUUAUUGGCAGCCAAGGAAUGUGUCCAAGACACAUGCUGAGGUUUUGAAUAAAAAGUGAACUUUUGUAAUUUGAAUUGGGUCCCGCUAAGUUCUUGAAUUGUUAUGAAAAAUCCUCUAUCUGUUUGUAUAUUUGCAAACCCUUUGUAUUAUAACUGUUGAUAUUCCCUUUUUAAAAAAAAAUACCCAUUGAAAUCAGCAUGACAAAAUAACACUGUUGGCACUUAUAGAUAAUGUGAUUGAUUCAGUAUCUUAGAGUUUACAGUUUGUGUUUUAAAAAAAACUGAAGGUUUUUUUUUUAAAGUGCAACAUUUCUGUAUACUGUAAAAGUUAUAAUAACUGAACUGUUUGGUCGAGUCUUUGUGUGUUAUAUUCCAAGGAAAAUUUGAAAGUAUUCAGAAAUUAAAAUAUUAUUUGAUAUCUGAAA